CUGUCUGAAGCUGACAAGGAGCCUAGAGAGAAACUCAGCAAGGUGGAGUCUGUCUGCAUUUGUGAAAAUCAGCCAUCACCUACAGCAAUACUCAGACCUGGCAUUUAUAAGGCAGUUUUCAUCUAUAGAUCUCAACACAGUUUACAAAGGACAGGUAAGCAAGCUAAGGACAAGACAACAAAAUUUUCCAAAAAAAAAUCAUGCAAGGAAAGAAGAAAGAGAAAAUUAAAACAAAAGACAGUUCACUUUCUGACAUUUCCAUUCUUGAAAAGUUUAUGAAAACCUAUGAAAGGCAUUGUGCCUUUUCCCAAAGCUCUGUCAGUGGCAUGAUCAAACGGAGCUUAAGAAAAUGCAUAGAAAAUGAAACUAUUCUUACAAAGUUUGUGCUCACAAACUCUCAGAAUUCCCAGCCAGUCUUCCUCACACCUCUAUUAAGGACAAUUAGAGAUGAACGGUAUAUGUUAGGAAAAGAACUCUGUAUCUGGGGAAUUCAGCUAAACAAUCAAGACAUUGCAAACCUUGCAAUGCUUUUAGAGCGGAAUGGACGUACCAACUAUCCCUUUUGUACUCUAGAAAUAACUCAUGCUCAGAUAGAUGCAUGGUCCAUGGAGCGACUUGGAGCAGCUUUCCCUUUCAGCAACUUGAACUCCAUUGUUCUAGAUUAUACCAAGUUUGGAGAUAAAGGAAUCAACGGACUUGUUUCUGGGUUAGAGGGAAACAGAAAGCUUCUAACCCUCAGCUUAUGCUACUGCAGUUUGGAACCUGAAAGUGGGUCCAAGUUAGGCCCCAUUGUAGCCCAAACUGCCAUUUGCAAUCUUUAUCUAAAUGGUAACAACUUGCAAUGUUUGGGUGCCCUUGAGCUCAUCACACCAAUAGCUAUGUAUGCAGACAAUCUUGGAAGAGAUAAGGAGACAAAUGCCUUACUAUUCAACAAUUAUUCUGAUCAUCAAAUACCAGAAGCAGACAAGGGUUUGGGUAUCCAUUCAACAGCUUCUGGCUUGAACGUUGCUUCCAAAACAGGAAACUCUAACACUGUGGAAAGUAGUAUGAGGAAGGAAAAGAAAAGAAAAGGAACUAAAAAAAAAGAAAAGAAAACUGAAGUUGGCCCGUGGUUAGUUAAAUUGCAUUUGGCGGAUAAUGGCAUAGAUGGAAGAGGAAAGGGAGGAGAAAAGAUGGUCUUGGAGUUCACUCAGUUUUUAACUUACCUAAUCAAACAUUCUGAACACUUGAUAGAACUUGAUCUAGAUGGCAACGCUAUAGGAGAACUUUGUGCAACAGACAUCCUGGAAGCUCUUAAGGAGAGAAAAAAAGGUGGUAGUGUCUCCAACUUCAGUCCAUAAGCUUUAAAAAUUAUUUUACUUUUUAUUUAGGUGUUCAUCAGGGUGUUUAUACAAAGGAUAUGAGGAAUGUUAUAUGUAAGUUAAAUUUCUAUACAAAUUCACUACUAUUUAAAAUACAAUACAACCUUGAGUAUCUUAGAGAAUUUUCAGUGUAACAGAUGUCAGGGGAAAGGACCCUGUUAUGAAAAAUUGAGCUUUGUGUACUUAUAUUUGGGUGAAUGCAAGGUAAAAGUCAGAAAAAGGAUUCAAAUCCUGAAAAUGGCUAUGUAUUU